AUGCUCGAACUUUUUAUGCAUCUCGCCAUAGAAAAUCCAGUCCAAAUCAUCGUGGAACAAUUGGCGCUGAAGAACAUCCUUGUGGAUCGAUAUAGCAUAGGGGCAGGAGUAAUAUUUGAAAACCACCCGAGCGCCAUCAGCGACGUGGCCUUGGGAGACGACAAUCGUGUUCCUGCAUCGCCAACACCGGCGCGUCCGCGUUCAACAUUUUCUCAAAAACUCAGGCCAGAUCAGAUCUGUGUGUAUCGACAUGUCAAUGAGGCCGCGUCCAUGGAAGAGCGCAACCUGCUCUUCAUCGAGGAGUACAAGGCUCCCCAGAAGCUUACCACAGCUCAUAUCCGGGCCGGCUUGCGACAGGAGAUGGAUAUUCUCGAAGAUAUUGUCAACAACCCAAAUGUCCCGAAAAAGGAAGAAGAUGCACAGGGCCAUUACGAAUACUGGGCCAAAAGGCUCACGGCUGCUGCCAUCACACAGACUUACCAUUACAUGAUCGAGGGUGGUGUGAGCUACGGGAUUCUAACCAAUGGCGAGGCAACAGUCUUUCUCAAGGUCGACUGGAACUCUCCAGACACAGUCUUGUAUCACGUGGCUGAGCCUAAGGAAGAGGCCCCCUUCCAAUCUGAGCUCAUCUCUUGCACCGCUGUCAGUCAAUGGUUGUCAUUCAUCCUGCUGGCCCUGAACGAGCGCGACCAAGAGCGGGUACGGAACCAGGGGAUGCGUGAAAGUGUCAAAAGUCGUCUGCAAAAGUGGAACUGCGAUGAUGACAAUGAAAUUCUUCGCAACAUGACUCCUAGUACAGCCUCAUCAUCUACACCCAAGACGCCUUAUAAGCCAUCGACAUAUGGCAAUAUUGACAGGACGCCGGAGGUGUUUCGCUCAAAUCCCAAACCGCCAGUGGGGGCGAAUAGGCCGGCAAGAGAAGCAGCCAGGAGACGUUCUCCAUCGAGUUCCGACGACGAAGCAGAAGAAGAUUCCCCAGGUUCGCCCAGUCCUUCUGUACGGCGGACAAGGAGUCGAGGACGCGCUACCCGAGGACGUGCAGCCCGGGGACGCCAGAACACUUCUCAGCAAAGAGGGGCCGCAUCAAGCGAAAAUUCUACUCGCGGCGAGCAGUAUUGCACCCAGAAAUGUUUAAUUGGGUUAGUUAAUGGCGAUUUCCUCGAUACGCGCUGUCCCAACGUGUCUAGACACAUGGGGGCUGGACGUGCCCCGUCUGGUAUGAAGGCGAAGGCCUAUCACCCUGUCAACCACGCUACGUGGCUUGAACUUCUUAGAGAACAGUGGGAAAAGUCUCUGGAUGAUGGAAUUACAAACCUGAACAUCAGCGGAGCGUCUGGCGCGCUAUUCCGAGUCACCAUGCUGCGCUACGGGUAUACUUUUAUCGGCAAGGGGACUCCGGCGCCUCUUAUCAAGUACCUUAGGCACGAAGCUGCCGUUUACAAGCGUCUCCAGGACAUGCAAGGCACCAGUAUACCUGUGUUCUUGGGGACGGUUGACCUCCGGCCCAUGAACAAGAUCUAUUACUAUGACCACCGCGUCUACAUCGUACACGUCACAUUCUUCUCAUGGGGCGGCCGCACACUAUCCAGCCUUGAGCUGCCCGGUGGCCUUGACAAGCGACUUACGGAUGGGGCGUGUCAGGCAAUUCGAGCCAUGCACAGCAAAGGUGUUAUCCACAACGAUAUACGAGAUCCCAAUAUGCUAUACAACCCUGAUACGAAGCGCAUAAUGAUCAUCGACUUUGACAGAGCAUCGAUUGUGGAGGCGCCUAGGCGCUCGCGAACCCAGCCGGACAAUGAUCCGAUGAAGAAACGGCAAGAUCGAAUGUACUGGUCUUGUAAUGCAGAAGUUCAGGCGACGAAAUAUAUAUUGUCCAGUGUUGGGGGGCGUCCGGUGGAAUAA